UGUGGGAGCGCCGGCGUGUCCCGAAUUGAAAAAAAGUCCACGUUUUGUUUCAGACACGAGGCUCGUUUCAAGCAACGCAUGCUGGAGCUGACCGACACCAACAACACCGCCUACUUGUUUCUUUCUGCUGCCAACCGCUGGCUGGAGGUCCGCACGGACUACCUAGGAGCUGUGAUCGUGCUGGCGGCGGCCGGGGCGUCCAUCUGGGGUUCCCGUUGUGGUCAACCUUCUGGGGGUCUGGUGGGCCUCGCUCUUACCUACGCCCUGACUGUUACUAACUACCUGAACUGGGUGGUGAGGAACCUGGCAGACUUGGAGGUCCAGAUGGCGGCGGUGAAGAAGGUCAACAGCUUCCUGGGUACGGAGUCUGAGAACUACGAGGGAUCCAUGGACUCCUCUCAAGUCCCGGAGAACUGGCCCAAAGAUGGCGAGAUCAAGAUCCAGGACCUGUGCGUGCGCUACGACCCCAUGCUGAAGCCCGUGCUCAAACACGUCAACGCCUACGUCCAGCCGGGCCAGAAGGUGGGAAUCUGCGGCCGCACGGGCAGCGGCAAGUCCUCUCUGUCCUUGGCCUUCUUCAACAUGGUGGACAUUUUUGAAGGGAAGAUCGUCAUCGACGGGAUCGACAUCUGCAAACUUCCUCUGCAGACACUCCGGUCUCGCCUGUCCAUCAUCCUGCAGGACCCCGUCUUGUUUAGCGGCUCCAUUAGGUUUAAUCUGGAUCCAGAGCAGACGUGUAAUGAUGAGCGCCUGUGGGAGGCGCUAGAGAUCGCUCAGCUGAAGAACAUGGUGAAGGCACUGCCAGGAGGACUUGAUGCGGUGGUGACGGAGGGCGGAGAGAACUUCAGCGUGGGUCAGAGGCAGCUCUUCUGUUUGGCUCGAGCGUUUGUCCGCAAGAGCAGCAUCCUCAUCAUGGACGAGGCCACCGCCUCCAUCGACAUGGCAACGGAGAACAUCUUGCAAAAAGUGGUGAUGACGGCGUUCGCGGACCGCACUGUGGUGACCAUCGCUCACCGGGUCCACACCAUCCUCACAGCGGACCUGGUCAUCGUCAUGAAGCGGGGCAACAUUCUGGAGUACGACAAGCCCGAGACCCUCCUGGAGCAGGAGGACGGGAUGUUUGCGUCCUUCGUCAAGGCCGACAUGUAGACUGGUUGGAGCUGAUCAUGAACCGGGUUGGCGGCUGAAAUCCUCCACCUGUGUCAGCAGAGACAUGGUGGACGGGUCCAGAACCGCCGUGAAUCAGCAGCACCCGGCCAUGAUUUAGUUUUAUUCCUAGUUUCACUUUGACAAUAUCUUUUUUUUUUUACCUUGAGCAGCACAUGUUUGAUUAUUCAGCACUUGUACGAUGAUGCAAUACUUGUACGAUGAUGCAAUACUUGUACGAUGAUGCAAGACCAACUUGCAUUAAAGUCUUUUAUAA